UGCCUGAAAACAAUCAAGUCAUCUUUCAAACUUGACCAAACUACAAAUGAUGUCGUCAAUACAAGAUGUAUGGAUUUCACCACUCUUUGACAUAGGAUGUGUACAUGGCUCUUCAGGUCAGAGUUGCUCCCAGCAAGGUUGUUUUGCAGAACCUUCUCGUAUGUGUUAUCCUCUUCUACACUGUGUACUAUGCGGUUCUGGGCCUGUGCUGCGUGAUGCUCAGGGUGUAUGAAUUGGAUGUCCGGGCACCAUUUGAUUUCAAAACAAAUCCCUCCUGGCUCAACACAAAUUAUAAAGUUCUUUUAGUCUCAACAGAGGUCACCUACUUUGUUUGUGGAUUGCUUUUCGUUCUGGUAGUGGAAGAAUGGGUUUGGGAUUAUGGUAUUUCAGUAACAAUUCUUCAUGUUACCAUCACGUCAGCUGUUAUGUUGGAAUUCCCUUUGACAUCGCAUUGGUGGGCUGCUUUAGGAUUCGGCUUAAUUUCAAUGAUAUGUGGAGGCCAGACUUUAGCAUACUGUUUGUUCAGAGACAAUUUUAUUUAUCCAGAUCUGGAGGAUUUUUAACGGAAUGGCUGAAUUAAUUUGCCUCAGACUUUCUAUAUUAUCACAUACAUUGUGUUCAAGCUCAGUUGUAUUUUUUGUUCAUAUCUAUAUUCAAGGUUGAAUUUAUUCAGGGUACUUUUUAACUAUAAAAGAGGCGAGACAUUAAUAGAAAGCAGAAGAAUCCUAGUAAAGAACUCAUGAGCAAAGUCAUAAAAUGCAGUGUUUCCCAAAGUAUGUUACAUAGACCCCCAGUUCUGAAUGAUAUUAAUAGUGCCAUGUGGGGAAAAUAAAAUUUGCAUAUUUAAAUAUU